AUGCUUUUCAAGAACAUUGCCCUUCUCUCUCUCGCCGCUUUUGCUGUUGCCAACAACGAGCACUCCGAGAACCCCGAGGACAUCCAUAAGUUCAAGGACCACAUCCACUCUAAAAAGUGUCCCCAGCCUAGCUGCGAACUGGAGACCACUACCAUCACCACCAACUACCAAACCAACUGGGCCACCGUCACCGAGACUGUCCAGAAGAAGUGCGCUCCUACCCAGAAGCCCAAGCAGACCAAGCAGACCAAGAAGACCCAGCAGACCAAGAAGACUCAGCAGACCAAGCAGACCAAGCAGACCCAGCAGCCCAAGAAGAACUGGUAA